GUGGUGGUGGUGGUGGUGGUGGUGGUGGUGGCGGCGGCCGGCGCAAGAACGAGAGGCCGAACAAGAGUGUAGCGGACCUGGACGCGGAGAUGGAGGAUUACACCGCCAGCAACGCCCCUGCCGCUUAGAUCGUCAACCGCUGCUAGUUGGUCUGUCAGCGCGAUCAUUAUGCGGACUUUCUUUGUGCGAUGUACUACGAUAAUCCUAGUCUACCCUCCCAGUCUGAAUGGUUGUAAAUACGUCCUGCCCUGACUCGUGCACCACUCGUCUCUUUUGUCUCCGUCAAUAUACCUCCGUUGUUGUUGCAACACGGAUCACAGCGUGAAUUAGUGUCAGAAGUUGACUGCAUCAACCGAAGCUUGGACUCGUUUGUGAGAGACUGCAAUUCGACUUCGACCCCAACCACCAUGUCCGCCGAAUUUGAAGACGUGCUUCUGUAUGCCGAACGACCAGAGUGGGCGGACGUCACCCCGCUGCCACAAUACCAGGGCGUCGACGCGCUCGCCCCGAUCAACUACUCGGCGGAAUACCAGGAUGCGACGGACUACUUCCGGGGCAUCGUCAAGGCGGGCGAGAAGAGCCCGAGAGUGCUUGCCCUGACAUGGAACAUCAUCAACAUGAACCCGGCGCACUACUCUGCAUGGCAGUACCGCUACAAGACGCUCCUCGCGAUGGGGGCCGACCUCGAGGCGGAGCUCCGGCUGAUGGACGACUUCGCGGUGACAAACAUGAAGACGUACCAGGUCUGGCACCACCGCCGGCUCCUGCUCACCGCGCUCCGCUCGCCCGCCGCCGCCGCCGCCGAGCUCGCGUUCACCGCGCGCGUCCUCGCGGGCGACGCGAAGAACUACCACACGUGGAGCUACCGCCAGUGGCUGCUCGUGCACUUCAACGACGACGACGAGGGCGGGCUGUGGGCGGGCGAGAGGGCGUGGGUCGAGGAGCUGCUGGAGAAGGACGUGAGGAAUAACUCGGCGUGGCACCAUCGCUUCCUUGUGGUGUGGGCGAGCGGCGUGAGGAGGGGGGAUGAGGACCGGGAGGCGGUAGGCAGGACCGAGUCCGCGUUCGCGAAGGACAAGAUCGCGCUCGCGCCGAACAACCCGUCGGCGUGGAACUACCUCCGCGGCGUACUCGAGCAUACGAAGACACCGUUCGCUACCCUCACGUCGUUCGUGGAGCUCUACAUUGUCUCGGAUGCAGCGGAGGCGCCGGAGGUCGUGGACCUCGACAACCCGGCGCCGACGGAGGGCGCGCAGCUGCCGUGCGUGCAUGCGCUGGAGUUCCUUGCGGACGUCUACGAGCAGGAGGGAGGCGAGCAGGUCGCCAAGGCUGUUGAGAUCUGGAAGUCGUUGGCGAACGAACAUGACACGAUGCGCAAGAAGUACUGGGAAUAUAGGAUCAGAGAUGGGCUCCAGGGUGCACGCGCGUGAGGCAUGCUGAAAGCAGAAAACAAACAUUUGUACAGGUCACUGGCUUACCUCAAUCCAACAUCUGCUUUUUAGCAGUACCUCACCAGCUUCGCGGGUACCCUGACCGAUAUCCUACAGAAUGCGUAAUGUGGCGGCGAUAUUCACUAUGCAUAGUGGCCCCGCCAUCAUAUACUAAGCAUUAGCUCAUUGGCAGUCACAGUACGAUGUAUCAUCAUGCAGCUGGACCAACACAUUGCACUUCAAGUUCUGAGGUCAUAGGACACAUGUCGG